AAAGAAUAGAAGAGAAAAGAAAAGAAAAGAAAAGAGGCGACUUGUUAAGCGGCGUGUCUUAAAGUGUCGUGCAUGCAAUUUAUGCAUCUGUUUCUUUGCAUGCAUUCUCUCUCCUCUCUCUCUCUGUCUCUCUCUCUCUCUAGACCCAACACACACAUAAACACAGUUGAUUUUUUAUAUUUGCAUACCAAAUCUAUUCAGAAAGAGGGAGGGGGAGCCUUUUCUGAUGUUGUUUAGACUUCAGCUCUAUCUUCACAUUUGGACCACUGUCUUUCACCAAUAUCAGUCUUGUUGUUAUAAUUAUUGUUAUUAUUAUUAUCAUUGUAGAGGUGGUGUUAGAUUUUUGGGAUUUUUUCUAUAAAAAACAAAAAAGGGGUUUUAGGGAUUUUUAGUAAUUUGGGUUUUGUUAUGGUUUAAAGGGUUGAUUUCUCUUUUUGGGAAUUUAAAAUGGGGUCAAAGAUCUGCAUGAAUGCGUCAUGUGGUGUCACAAAGACUCAUGAAUGGAGGAGAGGAUGGACUUUGCGAUCUGGUGGAUAUGCUCUUCUUUGCUACACUUGCGGAUCUGCAUAUGAGAAUUCAGUUUAUUGUGAUACAUUCCAUUUAGAGGAGCCCGGUUGGAGGGAAUGUUAUAAUUGUAACAAGCGUCUUCACUGUGGAUGCAUAGCUUCUAAGUCUCUGUUUGAGCUUUUGGAUUAUGGGGGUGUGGAGUGUACUGGCUGUGUAAAAAGUUCACAACUUCACUCGAUCCAUGGUGAUGAGAUUCCUAAAGGAUUUGGCUCAUUGACACUUAAUAAUGCUGGUGAUCCUGACUCCAUACCUCUAGAAAAUCGAGCUACUAAUGGUGCUCUGGAUGAUGGAAGACUUGCACAGUUGUGCAGACUCAUGGAGGCCAAUGAGCCCCAAUUAUUGUGUCAGUCUGAGGGAGCUGACACAAAUGCAGGUCUUGGACAAUUCAGACAAGAGGAGGUCAUGCAUCCAAUUGGGGAAGCUGGCACAAGUUUCUCAAUUGCAUCUCAAUCAUCAGUAGUGCCAUCUAAAUUUCCCAAUGGUGGUAGAUCAAUAUUAGACAUGAGGGAUAUGCACGGAUCGCAUGCUCAGCCAUCACUGAAUAUGGCAUUGGGAGCUCCAUCAGGAACCACAAGUUUCAUUCAAUAUGCUUGUGGGGCUGUUGAUGGAAGGGAGCAAGGAAAGACACCUCCAUUUUUGCAAGGGCAAAGAUCUCGCCCAAUAUUGCCCAAACCAUCAAAAACUGGCUUUUCUGGGAGUUCAGAUACCAAUAAGACUGCAGUUACUGAGCUGCGAAUUGCAAGACCACCCGCUGAGGGACGAGGAAAAAAUCAGUUGCUUCCACGCUACUGGCCGAGAAUCACUGACCAAGAGCUGCAACAACUAUCUGGAGAUUUAAAUUCCAAUAUUGUGCCAUUAUUUGAGAAAGUUCUAAGUGCCAGUGAUGCUGGUCGAAUUGGCCGGUUAGUUCUCCCAAAAGCAUGUGCUGAAGCAUAUUUUCCUCCUAUUUCUCAAUCUGAAGGCCUUCCCUUGAGGAUUCAAGAUGUGAAGGGAAGAGAAUGGACAUUUCAGUUCAGAUUUUGGCCCAAUAACAAUAGUAGAAUGUAUGUCUUGGAGGGUGUAACCCCUUGUAUACAAGCAAUGAAGUUACGAGCUGGUGAUACAAUAACAUUUAGCCGGAUAGAUCCUGGUGGCAAACUUGUUGUGGGAUUUCGCAAGGCAACAAACAAUUCCUUGGACACACAGGAUGCCCAAACAUCUGCACUUCCUAAUGGUGCUGCUUCAGCAGAAACAUCCUUUUCUGCUGAUGGUGAUACUGGCGGGAACAAGAGUGAGAAUUAUGGAGGCAGGAUAAAUGGGGAUGCAGUGCAGCAAUCAACAGCAGAGAAGAAGAGGACUCGUAAUAUUGGACCCAAAAGCAAGAGAUUAUUGAUGCAUUCUGAAGAUGCUUUGGAGCUUCGACUUACAUGGGAAGAAGCACAAGACUUGCUUCGUCCACCCCCAAGUGUCAAGCCAAGCAUUGUCACUAUUGAGGACCAUGAAUUUGAAGAAUAUGAUGAGCCUCCAGUAUUCGGGAAGAGGACCAUAUUUGCAGAUCGACCAUCUGGGGGACAGGAGCAAUGGGCCCAAUGUGAUGAUUGCUCCAAAUGGCGAAAAUUGCCCGAGGAUGCUCUUCUCCCUCCAAAGUGGACCUGUUUAGAUAAUGUUUGGGACUCUAGCAGGUGUACAUGUUCUGCACCAGAGGAGAUGAAUCCAAAGGAUUUGGAUACUCUUCUGAGGGGGAGCAAAGAUUUCAAGAGGCGUAGGAUGGCAGACAGGCAUAAGCCAUCCUCUGAAUGUGAGCCAUCUGGCUUAGAUGCUCUAGCUAGUGCUGCAGUAUUAGGAGAUAAUAUAGGUGACUUAGGUGAGCCAUCAGUUGGAGCCACUACAAAGCAUCCUCGGCACCGCCCUGGCUGUACUUGCAUUGUAUGCAUUCAGCCACCAAGUGGUAAGGGCAAACACAAACCGACAUGCACAUGCAAUGUGUGCAUGACAGUAAAGAGGCGCUUUAAAACCCUCAUGCUGCGUAAGAAGAAACGUCAAUCAGAACGAGAAGCGGAAAUUUCUCAGAAGGAUGACAAUGACCGAAAGGAUGAAUUUGCAAUGAUCGGCAGAUUGAGUCAUGCAGUGUUGAAUUUAAAUAAUUCAGAGAACGAAGGAAACUACAACAGAAAGCAAACUGAGAUCCCGGAGACCAGCAGUGGACAAAUAGACCUAAAUAGUCAUCCUAACCGCGAGGACAUGCAGCUGGACAUACAAGGAUUGAGCAUGAUGAACCUUGCUAAUGCAGCCAAUCUACCAUUUGACAAUUAUGUCAAGCAAAAUGGGCUUGCAGACUUCUUGUGCGAGCGGCAGGCGAGCAUGGGUUCCUGUUUGCAUUCACAAAAUAAUGGUGAGAGUUUGAUACGGCUGUCUGAUGAAGCAUUUCUUGCGUCUGUCGGCUGGAACCAUGAAAGUAAAGGUGAUCAAGAGUAACUAGUGUGUGUCUGUUUGAUUUAGACAGAAACAGUUUCUUGAAAAGAUGUCCAUUCUCUGAUUUUUCAAAAUAUAAUUUUAUUUCCUUUUUAUUUUUUCACCUUUGCUUUCUCCUCUCCAAAGGAGUGGUGCUAUACAUCUGAUUUCAUUAGUCAUAUAGAGAAUGUAAUUUUGCUGUAAUGUUCCUUUCUAUUUUUGAGGAAAGACUUUUUCCUGUUUGAUGA